AUUUUGUCAAGAGUAGCUGAUAAAAUUAAAUAGUAUGCGACUGUUAUGAGCAAACUUGCUCAAUAACGUCUAAUCGAGAUGUAUAUUGAAAUCGUUGCCUUGCUUUUGGCUGCGGUUGCACCCGCAUCUGGCGUUGAACCACUGCCAGAUCGUGCAACGCUGACCAAACUACUGGACGAAAUAGAUGGCGCUGCAACGACAAUGGCGGUUUGUGUUAAUCCUCCAGCGGGACUUCCGAAAUUACGUCACGGAUAUGAUGUCGGGUAUUUAGAUCAGGUACCACUUGGCGUCGGAAGUAACGAUGGAACUAAACGUGUUGCCUUAGACUACACAUGCAAUGAAGGGAAGAAAUGGCGCAAUCCACAAAAUAAUGUCCUGUAUGAUCUGCCUGACCAGGUCUCAAGAAUCGCCCUAGUGCCUGGAGGAAUCCUGCAGUUCACAUCACACCUCUGGAAAUCCAACGAUGACAUAAAACUGGAUUGGGGAGACAAGGCUGGUAUUGAACUCGGCAACGACAGUGAUUCAACGCCAGAUGGUACAGGUGAAUUCAGUUUUAGUGAUUCCUACAAGAACCUCUACCAAGCUAUAUCAUCCCAGAGAAGAUUCGUUGAGGAUGUCUCCAGUUUUGUGUCCGCAUUCAGAGUGGACUUCAAAUCCCCUGGACAGAUCCAGCUAAACAGUGGAGCACAAACAUUCAUCAGCAGGUUUCUGCCAAACACAUAUGAAGCAAAUCCUGAUGCCUGGGACGCAUUCAUCGACUAUUAUGGCACACACUAUUAUGAGAGUGGAAAUUUUGGAGGAUUGUUAAAAAUGACUAUGGAGACUCAAAAAGAAGUCGUUGCACAAUUAGGAGAAAGCGCGACUUCGAGAAAUGCUGAAUUGACGUUCAAGAAUUGGAUUGGAAUAUUAGGUGGGCACUCAGAAUCAGCGUCUAGAGUGGACGCUAGAUUUACCAGGAGUACAUCAUCGACACAAAGGUAUUUCGGUGGCCAAGGAAAUCUACUCGACCCGCAAUUCUACAGAAAAUGGGUACCAACAAUUGCCACCAACCCUUGGCUGUUUGCUGGAAGGCUAAGGCCGAUGUCUUAUCUGUUCCCACGAGCAAAGAUUUCUGGAAUGAACAAGGCGAUUAAGGUUUCCUUGAAUAAAGCCAGGCUUGAAGACAUGAAGACUGGUUUAAAUGGACACAUAGCCAACCUUCGGAAUCUACAGACAACAGGUAGUUGGGCUGCAUGCACUGGGGCUUCACCUGAUAGGCAGUGCCAUAGACGGCUUCCCAUUAUCGACUUAGGUUGUACAAUCCAAGGUUGCAGAUGGUCCACAUGGCCAGCAAGACGUAAUGCUUAUAUAGCAGAAGCACGAGCUGUAUUGCCGAGAAUUACUGCUGAGGAACGUAAUAAAGGCAGAAAUGAUGCAGGAGUGAAUGCCUUGGGGAGACAAACUAAAAAUAUUCUCAACAAGAUGGACACGAAGGCUCCAUUGUUAACAAGAGCGCUGACGGGGUCUGCACAAGUGUGCCGUUGUGGGUACAGACGCUGUCGAUGUGGGGCUCCAGCUGGACCAAUGGCGACUAUUAAAGCAUCACAGCCUUUUUUCAAUAACUGGAGAUAAAUGUGGGCUGAUAUGACAGAAUAAGUGAAAUUCAAAGUGAUUUUAAUGUGAUACUAUUAAAAUACACAUAAAAUGAAUUAUAUA